CCAAACCCUAAGAAAACCCAUCGAAAAACGAAAAAGAAACUAAAGAUGGGUACAAUCUCAAGAUCUUGGAGCUUUAAGAAAAUAUUCGCAAUAGUCUUUGUUGUCUUCGCCAUCUCCGGUGAAUUCGUAGCCGGAUAUUACAGGCCCAGUCCGUGGAGGUACGCUCAUGCAACUUUCUACGGCGACGAAACCGGUAGUGAAACCAUGGGUGGUGCAUGUGGUUACGGAAACUUAUUUAACAGCGGCUACGGCUUGGACACAGCGGCGCUAAGCACGACGUUAUUCAAAGACGGUUACGGAUGCGGCCAAUGUUUCCAAAUAGUCUGUGUGAAUUCGAAACAUUGUAACUAUGGACGCCCAUCGACAGUGGUCACAGCCACCAACCUUUGCCCUCCAAAUUGGUACCAAGACUCCAACAAUGGUGGUUGGUGCAAUCCUCCUAGAACCCAUUUCGAUAUGGCUAAACCGGCUUUCAUGAAACUCGCUUACUGGAGAGCCGGUAUCAUCCCUGUUGCAUACCGCAGAGUCCCAUGCAAAAGGAGUGGAGGGAUGAGGUUUCAAUUCCAAGGCAAUGCUUAUUGGCUUCUUGUAUUUGUUAUGAAUGUUGGCGGCGCCGGAGACAUAAAAAGCAUGGCCGUGAAAGGUAGCCGUACGAAUUGGAUAAGCAUGAGCCACAACUGGGGAGCCUCUUACCAAGCUUUUUCCACUCUCUAUGGUCAGUCUCUCUCUUUCCGGGUCACUUCUUACACCACCGGUGAAACCGUCUACGCUUGGAAUGUUGCUCCGGCUAACUGGAACGCCGGUAAGACUUACAAUAGUGGCGCCAAUUUCCGUUGAGAUUAUCGUUUUGCCUUGGAAAACUAAACCGGAUUUCUUCUUCUAUGAUUUUUCUCUGUUUUUGUUGUUGUUUUGUUUUUGGGAUUUUUACAAGUUUCGGUGGCCUAAUUAUGUUGUUACUGGCCCGGCUUUAUGUUAAACAUCUACAUGAAUGUAUAAAGAAUGUAUGCAAUUGUGAUAUAACUCUUCAUAAUCGGAGUUGUG